AUGGUGCAGUUGGAAGAAAAGUGUGGCCAUGGUGCUACCAAGGCUCUUGCGCAAAAAUAUGACGGGAAAAAUUUCCACAACAAGAAGGAACACAAAGUACCUCAUGACAUCGACUACAGCGACAUCGAGGGUCCCACAUCCGUCGCCGAUGACAGAAGCAUAAUCACCGCUCCAGUCUCAGAUGACAUGCAUCAUCAACAUCGCACACCAACGUGCUACGCCCAGGCGUGUGCGACGGCCAUUCGAGCUGUCGAAGGACGCAUCAUUGGGAGGACUCCCGAGCCACACGAUAUGUUAGUCAAGAGAAUUGUCGACAAGUUCGAACAACCUGGAGGAGGUGGCAAUCCAAAAGCUGUGCUAGAGUACUUCUGCGAGGAAAAGGACCUCGGAUGGAGUCAACUAGCCUCUGUAGAUGAGGUUCUGAAAUCCUUGAGAGCUCGUCGUGUAGUUGUGACUUAUUUCUACCUCCCAGCCUUUCAGUGGAGACUUUUUGGUGGAUUCUUUCGGGGAAAUCCAAAAGGAGUGCUACAGAAGAACCACUUUGAGCAAUUCAAUAGACCAAAGGAUUUUUCACCUGAGCUUCACGAAGAGGAGGGCCACGCAGUCGUAAUAACUGGAUUCCACCAGGACUUUGGAGGCAGGAUUACGUUCAAGUGUAAGAAUAGUUGGGGGCCAGACUUUGCUGAAAACGGCUAUUUCUAUGUUGAAGCGGAUGCUUUCCCCAAAGGAUUCAAACGCUUCUUUGAUGUUUUCUUCACGCCUGACAAACUCCUUCAGGAGGACGUUUUGAACUUUUUGCAUCACACACUGCGACAAGAUUCUUCAGUCAUCGAGGUCGCAAUAGGAAUCGGACCAAAGUUCUUGUUGCGUGACGUUACUAGUACGAUGAAUGUACCCGUGUUUCUCGAGAUGCGUGAAGGAAUCCCAGGUCCUUUCUUUGCCCAUAGCAAAGCUGAGCAACAAGCCAUCGCAGGCCUAUGCUCCAAGCUUGAAGCUGGCCACGGUGUUUCAACAACUGGCGACGGCCGAAUCCUUGUCAACUACACAAAGUACACCUUCCACGUUGCUGUCUUUGAAGGCUACUGA